UUUAAUCAUGUUGAUUUCGAAACAGUCUUUCAAUAGCACUUGAUUUUUGCAGAACAACUAUGUACUGUAACUACAGGACAGGGGGAUUCAGCUGUCAUUUCAACCCUUCUCACUGUGGAGAGGCGACGCGUCUUGCUUUCACGUCACGAAGUAAAUAGCGGACAGGGCAGCACAAUCAUUCGGGGCAAUGAGGAAAUGGACAUCUGAUUCGUGAUUGACUCGUUGGACAGCUCCAAAUCUCGUUUUAUUGAGUCAGAGAAUACAGAAUCGAGUUUGCCAUGGGCCCGGUUCCCUUCGUGGCUGGAGUGUGUCUGCGUCGUUACCUUCUACCUCGGCCAAGCCAAGUAUUUAUCGGUUGCAAUGUACUUUACUGUAGUGUAGCAUCCCUAAAAUGUGUUGUUGACACCCAAUCUAGCUAGCGUGCUAAUGAUGUUAAUGUGUACAAAGUCUGGUUUGCUUGCAGAAAGAAAUCAUGAUCCACAUCAACCUCAUAUGUUUCAUAAUCUGUCCAGCCGGCGCAUGUGUGGAAUAGUGACAUCAUGACAUAUUGGCAUUUUCUCCUCUAUUCCAGCUGGUGUCCCCCACACCAUGUGAAACUCACUGAGAAGGAGCGAGCGCUGGCCCAUUUCUAUGGCUAUGUCUACUUCAGACAAGUCGAGGACGCCACCGUCAAAAGAGGCUACUUUCAGAAGUCCUUGCUGCAGAUCAUAGCUCCAGAGUAUUUUGAGAAGUUGGAACCUUGCCUUGAAGCAGUGCGCAACGAGAUUGACCAAUGGCAAUCUCCGGUGCCAGGGCUGACACUCAACCUACCUGUGAUGGGCGUGGUCAUGCAGGUCAGGAUCCCAUCCAAAAACGACAAACCAGGGGGGAGCCCGGUGAAACGAGCACAAAAGGAGUCCUUCAUGAUCCACCUGCAGAUCCUCUGGGAGCUCAUGCUGAUCGGGGAGCCCGUGGUCAUCAUGGCACCCUCUCCCACUGUCUCCUCAGAAACCGUGCUGGCCCUAGCGAGCUCGAUUGCUCCACUGCAGUAUUGCUGUGAUUACAGGCCCUACUUCACCAUACACGACACUGAGUUUAAGGAGUAUACCACUACGACACAGGCACCUCCCUAUGUGAUUCUGGGGGUCAAUAAUCCCUUCUUCAUAAAGACCUUCCAGUCCUGGCCCCACAUUAUACGCCUUGGAGAACUCAAGAUGUCAGGUGACCUGCCUGUGAAGGUGAAGAAACUAGCCAAGCUAAAAACACUGGACACUAAGUCAGGUAUCUACACAGCACAUAAAAUGUUCCUUCAAAAAGAGAAGUCUCUCAUCAAAAGACUCCUUAAAGGGAUCCAGAGGAAGAGGCCAUCUGAGGUGCAGAGUGCCAUCUUGAGGAGACAUCUGUUAGAACUCACCCAGAGCUUCAUCAUCCCACUGAGGGGACUGCCUUCCCUACCACACAUCCAUCCCACCCCUAUAUAGACUGUCUGUCCUGCUGCAUGCUGUGUGUCUCACCUGUCUCCCCCAGUAACACUACCUGGCCAGCCUGAUGCCUCUGCUAGAGGUCUGUGACUCCUUGGAAGAUCCGUUUCCUUCAGUCAGGAGGAGUUCAUGGGGACUCUGGAGCACGCUGGACCUCGGCUCACCUCUGUGCACAAAGGGGAUUGGGUGGGUCUGUCCACCUGCCACCAUCUGUCAUUUCUAACUAUUGUAUCUAGUUGUGGCACAUAUUUUUCAAACAAAUCAUCCAUAAUGCAUUGCACUUUGAUGUAUGGCCUAGUAGGAAAUUCUUCAGGUCCCCCAACUUCGAUGGCUGGUAUCGCCUGCGACAUGGAGCUGGCCCAGAAACCAGAAUGUCUCCACCUAGAGGUCGUCUGUGAUGCUGACCUGCUGGGUUGGACCAAGGGCAAGUCAGAGGUGGAGAUCGUGGACCUGGUCCUGAAGCUGAGAGGGAAACUGAUCAGUAAAACUCAUCAAUAUGUCCAUUACACUCACCUCAACCAUUUGUAACAUGCUAUAUUUAGUGUAAGAAAUGAAUUCUGUGCCACAAACCAUUGCGUACUAUAGUCUGUCUGUCCCCCAAUCCAGAUGAAGGCUGGAAAGCAGCAGCUCCCAGUGAAGGAAGGGGUGCUGGAGAACCUAGAGGGAUACCCCUAGACUAUCAUCAACUCUGUACCAUAGGACAUGCUGACUGUACUACACAGAUACUGACACACUGCUGAAUAGAUACAGAAACUGAUGCUGAAGUGUUUUUUUGUGUUUUAAAAACAACCUGAAUUUAAAGUAUUGCCAUCAGCCAAACCACUACACCCUCUGAGUAAUAUCAUGUAGCAAACUAGAAGUUUAGGUGAUAUUAGAAAAAUGGCUAUGGUUCAUCAUGACAAUAAUAUUAGAUCAAGGGGAAUAGAGAGUAGUUGAAAUGUAGACUUUAUGAGAUUAUGCCUUCACUAAGUAUCCUGAUUGUUACUAGUGGGAUUGAAGCAUAUACCUGUGGAGAGGGACAUGUUUGAGUAUUUAACAUCCAUAGUGGUCAGCGUAAAAAUAACUAUCAUAGGAGCCUACAUUUUACUACUUCACGGCUGAGCUGUUGCACCUAGACGUUUCCACAAAUUUCCACAAACUGACUUGUUGAAAAGGUGGCAUCCUAUGAUGGGGCCGCAUUGAAAGUCACUGAGCUCUUCAAUACGGGCCAUUUUACUACCAAUGUUUGUCUAUGGACAUUGCAUUGCUGUUUGCUCGAUAAAAAAAAAAAAAAACUAACUACCACACAAGCUCACAGAAUGGGACCCCUGAGUGCUGAAGCGUGUAGAAAUUGUCUGUCCUCGGUUGCAACACUCACUACCGAGUUCCAAACUGCCUCUGGAAGCAACGUCAGCCCAAUAACUGUUAGUCGGGAGGUUCAUGAAAUGGGUUUCCAUGGCUGAGCAGCCACACACAAGCCUAAGAUCAACAUGUGCAAUGCCAAGCGUCGGCUGGAGUGGUGUAAAGCUCGUCGCCAUUGGACUGGAGUGGUGAAUCAUGCUCCACCAUCUGGCAGAUGAAUCUGGUUUUUGCGGAUACCAGGAGAACCCUACAUUCCCCAAUGCAGUGCCAACUGUAAAGUUUGGUAGAGGAGGAAUAAUGGUCUGGGGCUGUUUUUCAUGGUUCGGGCUAGGCCCCUUAGGGAAAUCUUAACGCUUACGACAUUCUAGACGAUUCUGUCCUUCCAACUUUGUAGCAACAGUUUGGGGAAGGCCCUUUCCUGUUUCGGAAUGACGAUGCAUAAAGCGAGGUCCAUACAAAAAUGGUUUGUCAGGAGCGGUGUGGAAUAACUUAACUGUCCUGCACAGAGCCUUGACCUCACUAAUGCUCUUGGCUGAAAGCAAGUCCCCACAGCAAUUUUCCAACAUCUAGUGGAAAGCCUUCCCAGAAGAGUGAAGGCUGUUAUUGCAGCAAAGGGACCAACUCUAUGUCAAUGCCCAUGAUUUUGGAAUGAGAUGUUCGACGAGCAGGUGUCCACAUACUUUUGGCCAUGUAGUGUACUUGGUGCACAGUAGACAUGGCUGAAACUGAGCUUAUUUCUUUAAUGUUAAAGUGGUCAAUGAGUGCAUAGCACACACGUAAUACAUGCAUCAUCUCUUGUGGGUAUAGGCAGUUUUUUUUGUUUAAAGUUGACAGUGCCAAUCCUAACCAAAGCCACACCAGCUCCAAGCUAAUUCUGCUAAGAUAUUCAUCCAUCAGCUAACAUCUUUCUACAACCACUCAUUACAUUGCCGGUUACCAGUGAACGUAAAACGAAUGCAGCUGAUCAGGGCUUCUACCUCAUUCACUGCACUCCCUUUUGGCUGUCUACUAGGCCUGUGUUUACAUAGGCAGUCCAAUUAUGAUCCCCCCGAAUUCGUCUUUUGACCAAUCAGCUCAGAUGUGAAAAGAUCUGUGAUUGGUCAAAAGACUAAUUCAUGGAAAAAAAAUAUCAGAAUUGGGCUGCCUGCGUAAACACAGCCCUAUUGUUUCUCAAAUAGGUACAGUAUAUGUGGUACUUAAAUACCUUUUCUUCAGUUUGUUUUGUGAAGUACUGUAAUGGCAUUUGGUCACUAGGGAAGCCGUAAACUGCAGUUUUCAUAUGAGUAUUGAUAAUACUGAUACUAUUUGGAUCCUGGUGUUUACUUAUUUAUAAUAACCUAUAGUUAUAUUUUUUUUAUAUAAAAAAAAUGGUUUCUGAUGCAAAUAUACCGUUAGCGGUUACUAAUAAAAUUUGGAAACAACAGUGCUGAAUGACAACUCAAAGGCUGUGAUAUAUCCAUCCACCCACACGUUUACAGAAUCGCUGAGAAAAAUGGUUUAAUUUUCAUGUUGAGGGAAUCAAAAAUAUGCAUUUCAACAAUCAGCAUUGUAUUAUCCACUCAAAACUGUAUACUAGAAAAUACUGUAAUUACCAACCAAAGUAUUCAGCUUUUUAGCCCUCAGAUUAUCAUACAAUUAUGUACACAUACAGGAGAUCUAGCAUUAAAGGGACACUGAGAUUUUGGCAAUGAAGCCCUUUAUCUACUUCCCCAGAGUCAGAUGAACUCAUGGAUACCAUUUUUAUGAAGUUAGUUUAGUGAGCCAAUGCUAACUAGUGUUAGCACAAUGACUGGAAGUCUAAGGUAUCUACUAGCAUAAUAGCAGUUACCAUAGACUUCCAGUCAUUGUGUGAACGCUAGUUAGCAAUUGCGCUAACGUUAGUUAGCAACUUCCUUCAAACUGCAGACAGAGACAUACAAAUGGAUUCUAUGAGUUCUGGGAAGUAGAUAAAGGCAUUGCCAAAAUCCUGAAGAAUCCCUUUAAAGCUACUGAUGCACUCAGUAUUAAAAGGAAAGAUUUACCCAUUUAGAAUCUUCUAUUGUAUUUGUGCAUCUCUGAGCAAUGUUCUAUCAAUUCCCAGGGUCAUUUCAUGUUUCCAUGUGUAUCGGAGUGAUUCGCCCUUCAAGCAGACAGAAAUACAGUCGGUAUGAAGAGUUUUGCAUAAUUUUUUCCACUAAUUGGCUUUAUUUCAAUAUGACGCAAAACUCAUCAUAUUUCUGCCUGCUUGAACAGGGAAUCUUUCCUUUAAACAUAAUUAUGGCUAUGUUUACACAGACAGGCCAAUUAUUAGACUGAGGUUUGUUAUCUAAAAGUUAACAGAGUCUGUCCUUGUCCCUGUGUAAGAAUGGUCAAUAUUUGGUUACCUUCCUUUGACAGAAACACAGAUGUGAGCCUCAUGCUAUGAUUCUAUCUUAUCAAAGAAUCACAACAACCAAACAUGCAGCUUCACAUAGUGGCAAAUACAAACCCACACUUCAAUAUCCACUGAUUAUAUUGCAAAAUCCAAUGUUUUGUGUGCUUCUUUCACACAUAAAGCAAUCAUUUUGAAUAAAGGAAAAUAAAAUGGCGAUCAACAUUUGCGCUUUGACACUGUUGAUUACAUUUUAUUUUCCUCAAGACUUUAUUCAAAAUGACUGCGUUAUGCGUGACACCACACCGGAAUCCUGGGAAAACAACACACCAAAAUAAAUAGCUUUUAUUCAGGAAAACUAAAACACACUUGUUGACUGUCGGGGGAUUAAUUCAAAUGAGUUCUCAUUAUUUGCAGAGUGAGGAGCUGAACUCUUCUCUUCCCAUCAUCAUCAUCAUCAUUAUUACCUCAUCCCUGCCGUCCACCACGCCUGGUUCUGGUGCUGUUUGACCACCGCCUGCUUCUCCUGAGGGCUGAAGUGCAGGAUGGUCAGUAUGGCUGUGAGGGUCUGCUGACGCCCCCUGGUGUCCUGAAGGGUGAGGAACUUGUAGAUUACGUUCUUGAGGUACUCCAGGUUGGCCCCCUCCCUGCCCUGGUCCCUGUGCCGUUUGUCCAGCCUGCCGCGGAGCUCAGCCACCUCCUCGUCGUAGCGCUCCCCGUUUGCGAUCAGCCUCCCCUGCAGCUGGUGCACGUCCUCCUCGAGCCGGUGCUUCUGCCGCCGCAGCGAGCCGAUCUCCACCUCCUUUCUUGCCAGCUGCUCGACGUACAGGAGGAGCGUGGGCUCGUUGGGCCCUGCCAGCCGCAAUGCAUGGGUGAUGAUGUCACUCUCCUCCUGCGCCAAGUCAUCCAUGUUGUUGGCGUUGUUGCUGUUGUUGCUGCCGCCGUCCGCGGUCGCUCUGAAGUCUUCCCCCGUUUCUCCUUCGUCGCUGUGGUGGCUUCUGUAACCAGCGAGACUGUAGCCGAUAGACUUCAGCUUCUCCAACUCCUGGUCCUUCUCUUGCAGUAGGGCCAUGGUGCGGUCCCUCUGCCGGUGCAGUUCCCCCUCCAGCCUGAGGAGGCUCUCUCUGUAUUGGGCCUCAGCCCGGUCAAGCUCCUGUUUAUGACCCUGCUGCAGCAUCCCUUUCCCCUGCUGACACUCCUCCAGCUCCCGGCGGUGCUUGGCCUCCGCCUCAUCGCCAUGGAUACGCUGGUUGAUGUACUUCUCCUUGAGCUCAGCCAGCUGGUCACGGGCCUCCUCCAGCUCUUUGGCGAGGCUACAGUCUUUAGCGUUCUUGUUCUUCAGCACCACCUGCGCCCGCACCUUGUAGCGCUCAAACUCCUCCUUCAGCUGCCGCAGUUCCUGCUGGUAGUACAGCGCAGAGGCCUUCUCCCCGUCUGACGACUCCCCCCAACUGCCCGUCCCCUGACCCAGCUGCCCCUCCAUCUCAGCCAUCUUCUCUAUCUCCAUGGUCUGCUCUGGGUGGUUCCUCUGUGUGGCUAGCAGAAGAAGUCUCUUCACCUUCUCCAGGCGCUCCUUCAGCACGUUCACGUCCAGGUUGGCCUCGUCCAUGCUGAGGUCCAGGGGGGAACCGCGGGUGGAAGCGGCGAUGGCCAGGGUCUUGUUCUCCGUGUCCAGCUGCAGGAUGCGCUCUCUCAGCCAGUGGGAGUUCUGCUGGUCCCUCUGCCGGCCUUCUCGCAGGCCCCAAGCAGCUCAGACAGCUCAGACACUCGCAACUCCAGGCUGGCCACACGGCCCUCCUCCAGCUGGGAUUGCCCCUGCAGACGCUCCUCUGCCUGCGACACCUGCAGAUAGAGAGGGGACAGGGAAAUGACAGCCAUGAGACACAAAUAGACAACGGAAGACAACAGUACAUAUAAUGCGAUGUUAUUCUCUGCCAUGGCAUUUAUGUUUUAUCAAGCUGUUUCUAAUACAAGGUCAAGGGUUGUUGAAUAUAGUGUUAAAAUUCAGGUCAUCAAAUAUUUUCUAUAUGUUUAAGUCGUUCACCAUAAUACAGGAUACAUUUGUGAAAUUAGUGCAGGGUGAAUCCAUUUGAACUCAAUCACUUUCUGACAGCACCCCUUUUGAUUUGAACGAAACCCUCCAUACAUAUUUACCCAUUAUAGAAGCGCCCAGAAAGUGACGUUUUGAAACAAUGCCAAAACAUUCAAGAGAUGUAGGUGCUCAAAUGUACCUAUUUUUGCAUACCCCACCAUACCAUGAGACAUCCAUGUUUUCAUCACUGGAAAAGAUAAACUGUGGAGAUUGAUAUCAUUUAAAAGCUUAAAAUCAGGGUUGUCAAACUAUUUUAUAAUUUCUUGAAAAACAUUUUUUUCCUUAAAAUGUAUUUUUUUAAAUUUUGAAACAUAAAUUAUAUAAAUACGUGUAAACUCAGAUUAUUUGUGUACGCUGUAUCUUAGACCCUAUUUUAUAUCAUCUAAGGUUUUUGUGUUGUUACCGCCAUCGGUUGAGACAACAUGCUCUUUAAUACAGGGUGGGUGUCAAGUUUUGGCUGAUACAUGUGCUAAAAUGGGAAUAAAAUUGAAACGUCAACUUUCAAAUGGUACCCCAAAGAUGGUUGGAGAGGUGGACAGGUGACCAUCUUUGUGGUAGUAAUUAGAAGUUCAAUUUAAAUGGGGUACCAGCUAAAUUGCAGUGGUCUGAAGGGAUAGGUCCAUUCUAUGAAUGACAUUUCUAUGAUUGAAAUGACACCCAACCUGUAUUCAAGAGCAUGUUGUGUCUCAACCGAUGGCAGGCACAACAAAAACACCUCAGCUGAUGUAAAGUAGGGUCUAAGCUACAACAUGUGCAAAUAAAAAAAUAAAAAAUCAUAGUUCACGUUUUUAGAUAAUUGACGUUGAAGGUUAAAAAAGUCACAAAAUUUUUUAAAAUAUAUUUUUUUAAAGAAAUUAUCAAAGUUUGAAAACCCUGUUUGGAAGCUUUUAAUAUAUAUAUACAUCAAACUGAAAAUUUUACAGUGAUGAAGACAUGGAUGUCUAAUGGUAUGGUAGGGUAUGGGUAUUUCCAUCUUUAAAUGGACAAGAGCGCCAACAUGGGAAGUACCGUCUUUCGGAUGGGACGUUAAAAACGGGUAUCCUGACUCUCUAUGGUCUGACUCUCUCUAUCCCAUGGCCCUUAUCGUAACAGUAGGGGUGUUAACCCCGGUGUCCUGGCUAAAUUCCCAAUCUGACCCUAAUACCAUCAUGGCCACCUAACCAUCCCCAGUUUCCAAUUGGCUCAGUCAUCCCCUCUCCUCCCCAGGUCCUAAGCUGUAAAAGAGAAUAUGUUCUCAGUCAACUUACCUGGUAAAAUAAGUGUAAAUAAAAUAAACAGGAACAUGUCAAAUUGAGUGUAAAAAUAGUAUAUUUUUGUGAAAUUAAAUUUUUUAACCUAGAAAUUUGGAAUAAGCAAAGGCUUUGAUUUCUGGUCAAACACAUGGAAAAGAGGUCUUAAACAACAUCUACCAGAUCUAACAUCUACCAGUAUUACAAAUACAUCAACACACAAUAAUGAAGUAAAGACCCCUGCCAACUAAUUGUCAACACAUUUAGUUUUUGAUAAAUUUGCCUUUUGUAAGUUUAAUAAAAAUUGCCUUGUAAUUCUGUCACUAAAAACCCACAUUUUAAGAUAUUUUCUAAUUUCUCUCCCUCAUGAGGGAGGAUAAUGAAAGUUCACAGAAGUAACAAGGUAGACCUACCAAUUAGCUAGUGUGUUUACUGAUAUCAAGUUUGUUUAUGAAUGAAUAAGGGAUUCAAACGUGUAAAUCUUUUAUAAAAUCUGUAACGGAAUUAACGCAAUUGAAUUGGCUACAAUCUCCCGGCUCUUACAGACACCUACCCCCUUCCCAUUUACUGUAAAAAGCAUCCUCGCCCGCUGAGCACCGACAGACACCAGAUGUCCACGGACGUUGCAAAGUUCUUGAAAUUUAGUCAGUCCGCCCUGGCCGGACCAAAUCUGAACCAAUCACAGACUUCAAUGUUUCACAAGUUUGGACAGUACAGUAGAGCACAGUAAAGAAAAGUACUUCAUUGUACUGUACUGAACUCUACUGUGAUGACCAAACUUGUGAAACAUAAGACUUCUUUCUAUGAUUGGUUCAGAUUUGGCCUGGUAAAGACCAACCAAAUGUGGUCUUGUUUGGGGGCAGAGUUCAUUAUAAUAUAAUAGCCAGUGUGUAGAAUAAUACCCGAAUGUGCAAAAGGAAGAUAUUGCAUAUGUCUACCUUUGCGUACCUAUUCCGGAUAGAUCACCAUGAAGAGAAUAAUAUUCAUUUCCAUAAUUAUGCAUUUCUGGAUAGUACAGAUCAGGGACCUAUGAUGUAAUUCCGUUACCGGGUGUAAAUCCACUUCACCUACUGUAGUUCAGUAACCAACAUUUUUUUAAUUCAUUUUUUAAACUCAAGGUGUCAUGUCAUAGCUGACAACCAAUUCUUUCUGCAGACAUCUUUGAAUCUUAAUUCAGAGCAGAUAUUUAACAGAGUGUUUGGAAAACGUGGUUGGAUAAAAAACUGAGGGAGAUUUUACUGUAAUUCUGUUACCAAACUUUGCAUCUGCACAGUUCUUCCAGUAAAUGUGUUUUUGUGAAAUGCUGUGUAAAUUGUUCAAAUUAGUCCUUGUAGAUAGAGUAUGGUAUGUUGAACUUUGAAAUCAAUGGUUUUGUUUGGCAUACGUUUUGAAGUGAAAAAUCAGAGUCAACGUGUAACUCCGUUACCAUGGAAUUGCUUGUAAGAAAAAUGGGUCAACUGAGUACCUUUAUCUCCUGAAUGUUUUGGCAUUCAGUUCCAAAAAGUCCCUUUCUGACCACUUCUCCAUGAGGAAACAUGCAUGAAAAGUGUUCUUUAAAUGCUGUUAAAAUGUGAUUGAAUUCAAAUGGAUUUACCCUGCAGUCCUUCCUAAGCAUUACCAUACCUUUCUGAUCUCAUGCUGCAUCUGCUGCUGAAAGUGGUUCUUGAGUGUCGCCAGCUCCCGCUGAAGCUCCUCCACCCGUGGGUCUGGCUUGUUCCUCUCUGCCUCCGCAGUCUGAAGGCUCCUCCUCAUCUCCUCCCUCUGCUGGGUCACCUCCUUUAGCCGGGCCUCAUAAUCGUGCCCUCGAUCUGCGGCCUGUGUGACCUCCAGCAGGACCUCCCUAGUGUCCUCCAGCCGAAGCUCAGCAUCCUGCCUCUGGCUUCUCUCCUCCUGCAGCAAUUUUUGGAGCUCUCUGAGCAUGAGGGCGUGGUCACCCUGCUCCUGCUCUCUCUCAUGUUGCUGGGUUAUAACCCGAGCCUUGCUCUCCGCCAGCUGCUCAUGCAGGGCAUGGAUCUCUGCUUCAUGCUGCCUCCUGGACUCCUCCAGCCUCCCCUGGAGCGCAUCCAUGUCCUGCUUGAUCUUCCGCUUGUCGGCCUGGAAGUUGGCCUCCAUCCUGGACUUUUCCUGCGUGACCGUGGCCAGGGAGCUGGUCAGGGUGGUCAGUUGGGUCUUCAGCUGGAGGACCCUCCGGUCAGCCUCCAUAGAAGAGGUGGGUGGGGGUGUUAUGUGCUGCUGAACCUCAGACCCUCCACUACUGCUGGAGCUGAUACCGCUCUCUGACCCACUAGCCUCCUCAGACCUCUGGGACACUGAGGGGCCUCCAGGCCCGGUCGCCCCCAUCUCUCCUGGGCUACUACCCUGGUCCUCUUCAGCCUGGUCGCCCUUGGUGCUCCCACUGGUAAUGCUGGUAGCAGUGUCGGCGGAGGCUGCUGUGUCCAGACUGUCCUCGCUGUGCAUGGAGCAGUGAUCAUCUGGGAAGUCAUAGGUCAUAUUGCUGCCACUGGCAGAGCCGUCAUCUCCACGCUGGCUGAGGUCGACCUCCUGGGAGAAGGUCAGUACCUUGAGACUAGCCUCCAGAGCCUCCUUCUCCUUCAGCAGGCUCUUGUAGGCCCUGACCACAUCCUUGAAGCGUGUUUGAUACUGGACCAACUGCUUUCUCUGAGUCUCUAUGGUGUCCACAAGCUCCUUCUUGCUGGGGCCACCCCCAAAGCUCAUCCCAAACUUCUCCAUGGCUCAGUGGGUUUUUGGUUUUAUUUUCAGUUGCUUGACUUUCAGCUGAGAUCCAUGAUUGCUGGCUCAAAGACCUGCAUGGGAUAUAGUAAGAGGAACCAUUGUUAGACAGCAUGAUAAAAGAUAAAAUAGUAGCAAACUAACGUUAGUGCCAAAGAUAAUGUUGGGUUCGACAUUUUGAACAUUGAGAUAUUAAAUAAAUGAUAGAUAGAAUCAAAGGAGACAGUUAGGGGUUCUCUGUAGAAGGACAGAUAGCUGUGGAAUGUGUUGGAAUGUGUUGGGUGGACGGGAGCAGAGCACUGUGUUGAUACAGGGGAGACAGGUGGACAUCUGUGGAUUAGGUGAAGGAGGGGUUGAGGUGAGAACAGGUCACCUGAAGGGAGUAAUAAGGGUUUGGGAUCUUGUUACUCUAUUCCUGUUAAACCAUAAACUAAGGAUUGAAGAGAGGGAGUGUUAAGUAGGAGGUAUAUAACUGUGAUGUGAGAAAUGUUUUGCCAUCUGAUUACAGCUGUACAGAACCUUUGGGAAGAAUUAAACUUGGUUAAAGCUUC